AUAUCAGGUCAUGUGAGCAGCUGGUUGUUAGUCUUUUUGCUUUUGGGAAUGUGGGCUUUUGAGGUUUGAAUAGCUCGACAUCUCUUCUUCUUAUCUUCUUCUCUUGUCUUGAAUCUGAAGAAGAGGAAGCUGUUCUUGAAUCCAUGGCCUCUGAGACUGCACUAAUUGAUUCUAUUACUGUUGAUCAUGUUGAGGAGAAAAAAGCAAAUGAAAUAAAAGAAAAUGCUCAAGAAGAGAGGGUUUCUCAAUCCGAUGAAAAAGGGAAGCCUAAGGUUGAGGAAUCACCAAUUGUUGAAGCGGUUGUAACUGAGGCAAAAGAAAAGACUGAGGACCCCAAAAUUGAAGAACCACCAAUUGCUGAAGCAGUUGUAACUGAGCCAGAAGAAAAGGCUGACGACCCCAAAGUCAAAGAAUCGCCGAUUGCCAUUGCUGUUGUAACUGAGACAGAAGAAAAGGCUAAGGACCUCAAAGUCGAAGAAUCUCCAACUGCGGAAGCUGCUGCAACUGAGCCAGAAGAAAAGGCGAAGGACUAUAAGCAGGACACGCCUGCAGUUGAGGCAGUGGAAAAGGUAGAACAGAGUGAUAGGGAUCCUGUUUCAGUUGGUUCGGUUGAUGGUUGCCUGAAAGCGAUAGAGAGUUCCGAGCAGAUUCCAGUUCCAUCUGCUGUUCCAGAAACAACAGUUGAAGUUUGUGAAAAAGGACUGGAGGAACUGCCAAAGAUACCUGAUGCUGCUGAAGCAUCGACUGAAGCUGUAGUAGAAAAACCAGUGGAGAAUUCAGAGGUCUGUCCUUCUCAGGAGCCAGAGCUGGAAGCAGGAAAAGAAGUUCCAGAGCCAGCGAUUAAAGUGGUAGAAAAGGCGGAAGAGAGUUUGGAUAUUUCUAAUGUUGCAGAAUCAGCACCAGAAGAACAGUUGGCAAAGGAAAAACCAUUGGAGCAAUCAGCAGUAGCUGUUGCUGAAAAGUCAGCAUCUGAAGCUAUCAAAGAAGUUGAGAAGAAGAUUGAGACGCCUGCUGCCAAAGAGAGCGUGGAGGGUGAAAUCCCAGAAGAUGAGAAGGCCUCAGCAGAUAAGGUGGAGGCAGAAACUGAGCCUUUGAAGGAAGAACCGUCUGCAAAGGAGGAUGUGAGUUUGGCUGCUGUUUUGGACAAGAUCGAAGAUGGAACGAGUAAAGUUCAGGAGGAUGUUGCACCCCAAAGUUCGGAUACUGUUGUUUCUGCCGACCGGGAAGUUCCAAUAAGCCAGGCCUGUGCUGAAACUGCUGAAGAUGAUAAGCUAAAAGAAGCUGUUGAGGCCAAGGUUAAUGAGAGUGUGGAGGAUACGAAGAAAGAAGAGAGCAGUGUUGGUGUAAUUGAAGGGUUGGUGAAGGAAGCUGCAGUAGAGGCAGGUCUGCCAGACCCUUCUACUGCUAUCGGUGUGGUUAAGGCACUCGAGACCACUUCCAUAACUGAAAUUGCUGAAAAUUUGGUAAAGUUGGAGGGCAAUGCAGAAGAAGAGAAGGAAGUGGAGAGUGUGACGACCAAAACUGUGGAUGUGGGUGGCUCUGAUGCUGUUGCUGAAAUCACUAAAAGCUCUUUUGAGGGAGAGACAGCUUCUAAAGAUGUUGAAAUUGUUGCUGAGGAGAAAAAGGAGGAGAUUGGUAAAGAAGAUAUCCCAUCUUCAAUUGAUGCCCCCAAAAAUCCAGUUGUGGAUGAAAAUAUCGGAAUAUCAAAGGAGAAAGGGUUGGUAGCGAAGGUGGAGGAAGCUGUUCAGACUGUCAUAGACAAAGUGGCAAAUGUUGAGGAGAAGAAUGAGGAGGCUGAGAAAUCUGAUGUUCAAAAAGACAGCAGUGACUCGAAAAAAGAAGCAGACGCGACGAAACAAGAGGUGUCUGUCAAGACUGUGCACCGUCAAUCGAAUAACAUAAUAUCGAAGGUGAAACAGUCAAUUGUGAAGGUGAAGAAGGCGAUCAUUGGGAAAUCUCCAAGUUCGAAGACACUCUCGUCAGAAGCCAAGGAUGAUAUAAAAGUGAAAUAAUGCAGAGUGAUACAGUUAAAAGAACGGUUUUCGAUUCUGCUUUCCGUGUUGAUUUGGUGUGGGGUGUUUGUUUCAUAUAUGUUGUAAAUGUUGUUUUUCUGAAGUGCUGGGUCCUCGAUGUGCUGAUGUGUCUGCCACAUGGUGACCGUUUCGGCCCCAUAGGGUGUAUAUAAAAAGAUUUCGUUGUUGAUGUAGGAGUUCCAUUGCUAUUCUAUUUGUUGCAGGGGAAAGAAAGAUAUACUGAAGGUAUGGGUCAAGCUCUUUUCUCUGUAUUUGUGAGUCUUUGUAAGAGAUUUAUUUGUUUUUCUUCUUAUUCAUUUCAGCUGAAGUGUAUGUUUAUUUUAUCAGCACUAUGUUUUGUUUAUUAUCCAUCUUUUUGUGGGUUUGGUUUUGGCAAAGUGAUGUAUUAUUAUAGAUUUUGUGUUUUUUAUUUUUUGGGUUUGUAUUUAUUAUAUGAAAUGAUGUCAUUGAAUUUUAAAGAAAUUGCUGAAUUGUGGUUUA